CUUCACUCAUCCACUUCACGUAGUUGCUGGUACUCGCUGGCAGCAUUAGUCUUUCUUUACUAGCAAGAUAUUCAGUGAUGUACCGUGUCUGGAAUGUCGGCGUCGACGGUCGACCCCAAAUCAUGGGCAUCGGUCGGAGGCCAUGAGCAAAUGCCGUAAUGUGUCAGCCCUCUCAGAUAGUCACGUCAUGCUUCUCGUUUGUGGUAGGCAGGGCUGAUCUCUUGUCGGCCCCGCCGUCGACACUCAGGCGGUGGCCGACGUGCUGGUACUCACGGGAAAACCACUGCACAGGUGUCUGCGACGAGUUCCUCUCGUAGGAGGUUUGCAGCAAAUCCUCGUGCGCUCCGCUCAUCAACCUUCUCAUUUUCUUUCAAUUGCGCUUUACUAGAACUUGACAGGUGUCUGGACUUUCCUAAUUGGGCUCGUCAUCUCGAGGGCCAUAGCGCAGGAACGCCCAGUUAUAUACCCCCGCCUGGCGGCCAUGAAGGGCUACCAGCUUCCUCUGCUCCCCCAGAUGUCUGUCCUCGUCCAACGCUUUCCAGAGCCCCGCACCACGUCGUUCGCCGACGCGAGUGGUGCCAAUGAGAUCCUCGUGACUUACAUGACCGAACUCAGGCGCACCGAGUUCGAAAUCAAUGUAUUCAUCAGCCCCGCCUCCGGAGGUGUCUCUAGCCGCCUACCACACGCCUUUCCGGAAACCACAGCAGUUUUCCGGGACCGCAUUUUUACCCAAGGGAUGUCCUUCGUGAUCGAGAUCGCGCGGGGCGAGUACACGCAAGACCGCUGCACAGGGUGGACGCUCAGCGUUCAAUGGGACGAGCGUGGUGCCACCGCGGUCCCGGUCGCCUCCUUCCGCGUGCUCCACUCCAUCUCCAAGGACGUUCACCGCGCGGUGACCAUCAGCACCGACCUCGUCCUCGAGGCCCUUAUCCGCUCUCUGCGCAGCUCCGCGCUCUUCUUCCUCGAUUACUGCCUUGGCCCAGUGCAAACACAGAGCCUGUUCAUGCCUCCGGGGGAGCGUAGGGGCAGGGCCGGCCAAGAUAGUUUCGGUGAAGUCCAUUACGUCACGGCUGAUGCGCCCUUGUGA